CUGUAGUGGGGCUCGUGCUCUGACAGCCGCGCUCCUUCCCCAGACUGAAGAGGCGUUGUUGUUCCGCUUGCUCACUCUGCGACUCCACCGUCACAAAUUUCCGCUUCCUGCACCGAUAAACACCCGGAGCCGAGCACACACAGGAGCCGACGCGAAGUUUAAGCGAGCACGGAGACGACAGGCUUUCGCUCUCCCCGCUUUUCGGGUACAAACUCCGCCAGAAACGUCGGGCAUGUUUCACACUGUUUGCCGUUGAUUAGCGCCACACGGAACAACUUUCCGUUAGCGCUCGCGAGCGUCAACGCGUCUGCUGCGGUUGGAGGUUAGAUCAUUUUAAGACCCUACAAAGGAGAGGAGGACCGACACUCUCAAGAAGGACGACUCAUACCCCACCGCUAUCGUUAUAUACGACUGAAAGACCCCCCAUUUUUCAGCCUCCAGGAUGUCGGAGCGAGGAGGGCUCCCGCGGACUGGGGGCGUCCCUUCGCCGCACAUGCAGCCCUCCAAGCCGGUCAGCAUCACCUCCAACCGGCCCGUCCAUAUGAACCUCUACGCCACCUGGGAGGUCGACCGAUCCUCGCCCAGCUGCGUGCCGAGGCUCUUCAACCUGACCCUGAAGAAGCUGAUCAUGCUGAAGGAGCUGGACAAAGAUCUCACUUCGGUGGUCAUCGCUGUCAAGCUGCAGGGCUCCAAACGGAUCUUGCGCUCCAACGAGAUCCUGCUCUCCUCUGCAGGACUGACGGAGACCGACUUACAGCUCACCUUCUCCCUGCAGUACCCACAUUUCUUGAAGAGGGAUGCCAACAAGCUUCAGAUCAUGCUGCAGCGGCGGAAGAGAUACAAGAACCGGACCAUCCUGGGCUACAAGACCCUGGCUUUGGGGCUCAUCAACAUGGCCGAGGUGAUGCAGCACCCCAGCGAGGGGGCCCAGGUUUUGGGGCUCCACAGCCAGCUGAAGGAUGCUUCUGUCCCCGUCGCCGAGAUCAGAGUCUACUCCCUGUCCAGCCAGCCCAUCGACCAUGAGGGACCCAAAGCGAAGAUGUCUGAUCGCUCCCCAGACAUUGACAAUUAUUCUGAAGAAGAGGAAGAGAGCUACUCAUCCGAACAGGAGGGCAGCGACGACCCUAUUCAUGGGCAGUAUCUGUAUGAUGAAGACGACGAGGUGAGGAAGAAGAAGCCGCGGCGUAAGCUCCCUCCCAACGCCGGCAGCACCAGGCAACCCAACAUCAAGCAGAAAUUUGUCGCCUUGCUGAAGAGGUUUAAAGUCUCCGAUGAAGUUGGUUUCGGUUUGGAGCACGUGUCGAGGGAGCAGAUCCAGGAGGUGGAGGAGGAUCUGGACGAGCUCUACGACAGCCUGGAGAUGUACAACCCCAGCGACAGCGGGCCGGAGAUGGAGGAGACCGACAGCAUCCUCAGCACACCCAAACCCAAGCUGAGGCCGUUCUUUGAAGGAAUGUCUCAGUCCAGCUCACAGACGGAGAUCGGCAGUCUAAACAGUAAAGGCAGUCUGGGUCGAGAUACGUUCAGUCCACAGGGGGAUCAGCCUCCCCUGGAGAAGAUGAAACCCUCCCGCAGUCGCAAUCUGGACGAGAUCCCAUCAGAGACGGACACACUGGAGCUGACAGACCAGGAGCUUUUUGCCGAAGUUGGCCCUUGCAUUACAGUGUCUGUGGCAGAGAAACCCCGUACCCCCCUGAAAAGCAGCAAAAAUGAAAUGCAGCCUAUAGCAUCUCCAAGACUGGAUGGAGGCCACACACCCAGGCAGAAGCGCAGCAGCAACACGCCCAUGAAGGAGAGGCAGCUGUCCAAGCCUCUGAGCGAACGCACCAACAGCUCCGACUCGGAGCGAUCCCCGGAGCUGGGACACAGCACGGCGGCUCUGAGGAAAGUCGUGUACGAUCAGCUGAACCAGAUUUUAUCAGACUCUGCCCUUCCUGAGAGCCUCAUCUUAGUCAACGCCACAGAUUGGCAAGGGCAGUUUGUUGCAGAGCAGCUUCAAGGACAGAGACACCCGGUGGUCUGCACGUGUUCAGCCGCUGAGAUCCAGGCGGUGCUUUCUGCUGUGCUCACACGCAUACAGAAGUUCUGUAACUGUAACUCCUCCAUGCCCAGAGCGGUGAAGGUGGUGGCCGUGGGCAGCCAGAGUUACCUGGGAGCCAUCCUGCAGUUCUUCGUCACUCAGCUGGCGAACAAAACCUCCGACUGGCUCAACCACAUGCGCUUCCUGGUGGUUCCUCUGGGAUCGCAUCCAGUCGCUAAACACCUCGGAUCCCUUGACAACCGCUACAGCUCCUCCUUCCUGGACGGAGCGUGGAGAGACGUGUUCAGCCGUUCUGAGCCGCCUCAGACGGAUCAGUUGGACAUUUCUGGAAGAAUCAGUCAGUACAUCAGCGGCGCCUCAGUCACUCACCAGCUGCCCAUCGCAGAAGCAAUGCUGACCUGCAAGCACAAAACGCGGGAAGAAGAAUCUUACCAGAAGUUCAUCCCCUUCAUCGGGGUCGUAAAGGUCGGCCUCAUCGAAUCUGCGAGCUCUCCGACAGGAGAUCCAGAGGAGGGAGUUGGAGUCAGCUUGGCCGUCCCGUCGACGUCUCCGCCGUCUCACGGCUCCCCCUCAGGACUGAUCAAAGAGGCAGCCACACCCCCCUCGUCCCCGUCCAUGGGCAGCGUCCUCACAGUACAAGGGAGCCCCAGCAUGCCUCACGGUGUGGACGCCAUCGGCCUGCAGGUGGACUACUGGCUGGCUUCGCUGGCGGACAAGCGGCGGGAGGGCGAGCGACGCGACACGGGCUGCAAGAACACGCUGAAGAGCGCCUUCCGCUCACUGCAAGUCUGCAGGCUACCAGGAGGGGGCAGCAGCGACCCACAGACCCUGGUUAACACCAUGGCCAUGACCGUGGUCACCAAGGAAAAGAACAAAAAAGUUCCCACCAUCUUCCUGGGAAAGAAGCCCAAGGAGAAGGACAUGGACUCCAAGAGCCAGAUGAUCGAGGGCAUCAGCCGCCUCAUCUGCUCCGCGAAGCAGCAGCAGACCAUCUUGAAAGUGUCCAUAGAUGGCGUCGAGUGGAACGACGUCAAGUUCUUCCAGCUGGCCGCGCAGUGGCCCACUCACGUCAAGUACCUACCGGUCGGACUUUUCGGCUACAGCAAGCCCCCGUCGUAGGACCGAGCUUUAACUCCUCCACCUCGCCGGACUUUCUUCUCCCCUCACCCCAUUUUUUUUUUUUUUGCACAAAAGACCUGCAGAGAAGA